ACGGAGUAAAAAACAUCUUUUAUUUCGCAACGUAAACAUGUGAUCUAUGAUUUCAUUUUGGUUCGUGUUUCAUUUGCAUUAUAACUAACAACAACUUUCGCAUUUUUACCGUUCUGUCUACAUCUGUAUAAAGAUGGUAAUCACGUCAAAGAUAUUAUUUACGUUUGCCUUUCUUGCGACUGGUGUUGUUUGUAAGUAUGAGCCGAAUUGGAAGUCGUUAGACUCGAGACCAAAUCCUCCUUGGUACGACGAGGCAAAGAUCGGCAUAUUUAUGCAUUGGGGAGUAUAUUCUGUGCCUUCCUUCGGCUCGGAAUGGUUUUGGUAUUAUUGGAAAACCUCUCGACCAGCUUACGUGGAAUUCAUGAAAAAAAAUUAUCCACCAAAUUUUGAAUACGCCGAUUUUGCAUCCAGUUUUCGAGCUGAGUUUUUCGAUCCAGACGCUUGGGCUGACCUUCUUGCAAAGUCUGGAGCUAGGUAUUUUGUUCUGACAAGCAAACAUCACGAAGGAUACACAAACUGGAAUUCUGAUGUUUCUUGGAAUUGGAACUCAGUUGAUGUUGGCCCGAAACGUGAUCUUGUAGGCGAAUUGGCCAAGUCGAUCAGAGCACGAACAAAUAUAACAUUUGGUCUUUAUCAUUCACUCUUUGAAUGGUUCCAUCCUAUGUACCUGCAGGAUAAGGAAAAUAACUUUAAAACUCAGAACUAUGUCAAAAAUGUAUUGACGCCUCAACUUUAUGAUAUAAUCAAGAAGUUCAAGCCCGAAUACAUUUGGUCCGAUGGCGAUUGGGAAGCUGAAGAUACAUAUUGGCAGAGUAAAGAAUUCCUUGCCUGGCUUUAUAAUGAAAGCCCAGUCAAUAAAACGGUGGUUGUGAAUGAUCGCUGGGGUAUUGGGGACACUUGUAAUCACGGUGGAGUCUAUACAUGUUCUGAUAGGUACAAUCCAGGUUUUUUACAGAAACAUAAAUGGGAGAAUGCAAUGACGAUCGACAAGAAGUCCUGGGGCUAUCGUAGAGACGCAAAUUUACAAGACUUCUUAACAAUUCAUGAGCUUGUGUCAAUUCUUGCAGAAACUGUGAGUUGCGGUGGCAACUUGCUCAUGAAUAUUGGACCAACGCACGAUGGUCGAAUCGUACCGAUAUUUGAAGAAAGACUCACACAAAUGGGUGAUUGGUUGAAGAUCAAUGGUGAAGCAAUUUACUCCUCCAAACCUUGGAGAGUGCAGAAUGAAACCAAAAGUGAACGAGUAUGGUAUACCUCGAAAAAAGACAUCGUUUAUGCCAUCGUGUUGAAAUGGCCGGAAGGAAAUUCUUUGGCUUUAAAGGCUCCUCAACCCGACGUUUCUCAAACAGAGGUAUUCAUGUUAGGAUUUGACAAAAAACUCUCAUGGAAAGCAGGACCCGAAGGUAUGGUUAUCGAAAUGCCUUUUCUCCCCCUAUCCAAACUACCGUCGACUGUAGCUUGGGUUUUGAAAUUGAUUAAUGUGAAGUAAAGGCAGGAACGGACAUAUGAUAGAUAUUUGAGACCUUUUUGAAAAAAUCAUUCUUUCAUAAAGUUGAAAAAUUUUUAGAAGUAAAUAAGUUUGGUAUAAUUUAGAAAUUUUAGGCAUUACUAGUGAUAUAAUCACAUAGAAGUUUGUAAAAUGCGGAAAAUGAUGAUUUAAUUAAUAAAAUUAAGACGCAGCUA